AUGCAGACGUGGCCGGGCCGUCGCCAGCGCUCGUCCAGUGUGGUGCUACUGAGCAAACUGUCGGCGAUUGUACGACGUAGCAGCGGGUUCCAGAGCAGUCUGGAAGACGCACGCAGUAGCAGUCAAAGCUUGUGUUGCUACGAGGAAAAGGUGCAGGAAGAUGACGACGAAGACAAUGAGGACGAAGGCGACGACGGUGCGGGUGAUGGCCAUACGAAGGAGACUGCACAGUCUACAGAUCGCUGCAGUACGGAGGUAACAACCACGGCGCAAUCAAGCAUAACCAUGUGGAAUCCGUGCGGUAGUGGAACAAGCAAGGAUGGGACGAUUGAGCGGCUCCAGUUUUACCCAGUGCGGCCGCUUGUGGCGGCAACGCUGGUGAGGCCAUUGAGUCACGAGGAGCUCUGGCGACGGACAGCGCUCGAAGUGCAGAUGGGAGAGUUUGGCGCUUUGCACGCGAGUUUUGCACCAGUAGUGACGACGGUGAAUGAUCAUGAGGAGAAAGACGAGGUGGCUGAAGGGGGGGAGGAAGCUACUGGAGAGGUGAAUGUUGAUGAAAGGGACGGCAGCGAAGUGGAAGGACGUAGAUCUAUUCGACGUUCGGGGGGGGAUGGUACACGACCUUUCGAAGUAGAUGGCGACUCGGAGGAAAACACAGUCUGCGAUAACGGUGGGGAGCUACUGGAAUUUGACCAGGCAAACAUUCGGACAAGUGUGCGCAAGUUGAUGUGUCGGAUCGAAAGUGAGAGUUUUAUUGAGGAAUCGGACGUGCUGAUUGAUGGCGCCACGGAGAACUUGUACCAGAAUGAUGACUGUGGCGAGGAAGGUGAUGAUGGUGGUGGUGGCGGCUACAAGACUGAGAAUGUUGACGAGCUUGAGCUCGAUAACAGCUACGACGACGACAGAAUCAGCGGCGAGCAGGACAAGGCGGCAUUAGAGCUCGCACAGGAGCUGAGUCCCAAUGAGCACCAAUUACAGCAACGCCGACGGACUCAUCUGUUCGCCUGUGCAGCUGAACAUGCAAUGUUGUCAGCCCAGGACCAGCUUACCUCGAGCGUGCGCCGGUUAGUGAUCGAGCUCAAAGACGAUUCUGAUCAGAUGCGCAAACCAUUGACUCAGUCGUAUGGAAUCCGCCGCAAGUCUGCACAUAGCCCAAAACGGGGGAGAGCUGGGUCAUGCCCGUCUGCAUAUGAUCUCGGCAUCUCGUCUCCUAGCGACGAUGGAUCCUUGAUGCUUACACCACCACCUCUUAGUCCCACGUCCGUUCCGCAAGACGUGCACCCUGGUAAGAAGCACAAGAAGAGUGCAUUUUCGAGAAUUUGUCCACGCGUUUUGGCGACGCUGCACUUGAGGAAGAAGCGCAAGACGUAUUUGUUCACCGACGAGGAACUGGAGACGAUUGAAGGUGCUCGGUGGAAGAUCGUAGAGCUUGCUUUUCGCUUCGGCGGCAAACAUCGCUCGUAUCUGGUCCAGGCGAUCAACAUGUUCUUUCCACUGCUGAAGUAUGGACGACGUGGUGAUGCUCAUGCUACUAGGCUCCACUGUAACUGCUGCGGUACACUACAGUGGCAGCAUAAACGCGGAGGACUGAGCAGAGCAGUAGAUCUGGCGGAAGUACUGCAAGUGCUUGACGGUCGACAGACUGGUGUGUUUCGCAAGUAUCCAUCCACCAGCACACUUGAGGCGCUCUCUUUCUCGAUCGUUUUCCGGGACCGCACGUUAGAUUUGGAGACCAAGAGCUCCAGUCAUCGCGACUGGAUUGUUAGUGCUCUUCGUACUCUCAUAGCUUACGCGCGCCGCCAACGUCGCAUCGAGCAGCAGGCUAUUGCGGAACGCACGAUCCUGCCACUGGAAGAUGACGAGUCACCGCCUCACAUCUCCGUGGGUCUCUUACCCAUGGGGUCCCCGUCGCUUUCGGCAGCCCAAGCAAAUCGACAGCUCGAUGGAUCCACCAAUAUAGCAGCAAGCCCCACUAAGUAUAAACUUCGGACAGUGUACUGA